AUGGGCCUAGGAAGUCAGGCAAGUGUUAAUAUUGGCAGUCUCGAUUUUUAUGAUUCAGGAAGCAUCGGUGUUUUUCAAAAGACUACAAGAAUACCUAUCACUGUAGGACCAUGCAGAAGGUUGACAUACGUGGAAGUGGCCAUUUAUAACAACUAUUCAACACCUACGGUUUCGUUGGAGUUUGAUACUAUAGCUGUGGUCAUCAAAUACAAACUGUUCCAUACCAGCGCGUCGCGCUAUGAAAUCAUAGCUAAGACAGUUCCUAUACCAUACUGUAAAAAAGACAAAAAUACGGCGUCAACAUAA